GGCGUGCGGCUCCCCCGCCGAGACUGCCCGGUGCGGCUGAUGGUGAUGUGGUAAGUGUAGCCAAGCUCAUCUCUACCUAGGAGACAUUCUCCCCUGAGGAGCAAUCCCCUUUUGCUGGACAUGCUUACAGAACCACAUAGCCAUGGACCUCAAGGAGAAGUGUCAGGAUGAGAUGACCUCAAGUUUGGGCCUUACCACAAAGAAAGCCCUCACGAUCCUGAGAGACCAGUUGUCAGCACUGCUGGAGGGGCAUCAGAAGGAACGGAAAAAAGUGACUUCAUGGAAGGAGGUGUGGAGGAGCAGUUUUCUGUACCAUGGUAACCGUUGCUCCUGUUUCCACUGGCCUGGUGCAUCUCUGAUGCUUCUGGCAGUGCUGUUGCUGCUGUGCUGCUAUGGGAGCCAGCCACAGGGGAGCCAAGGUGCUGAGAUAGUUAAUGCACUGGCACUCUUCCUCCUUCUCCUCUUGGAUCUCUUCAUGAUCGGGCGUCAAGAGAGGCUGAAGUGCAGAGAGGUGGAGAGGAGACUUCAGACAAUCAUUGAUAAGAUAAAUGAUACACUUGGCAAAGAGGUGAAAUGGCCAGACUCCAUGUACCCUGACCUUCACAUGCCUUAUGCCCCAUCCUGGUCCCUUCAUUGGGCCUACAGGGAUGGUCAUCUUGUCAACCUGCCUGUGAGCCUGUUAGUAGAAGGAGAUGUCAUUGCUUUGAGGCCAGGCCAGGAGUCAUUUGCUUCUCUGAGAGGGAUUAAGGAUGAUGAGCACAUAGUUCUGGAGCCAGGAGAUCUGUUUCCACCUUUCUCACCUCCGCCCUCCCCAAGGGGAGAAGUGAAGAAGGGACCUCAGAACCCUCAGCUGUAUCGUCUCUUCCGUGUCUUAAAGACCCCAAUAAUUGAUAAUGUCAGGUGGUGUCUGGAAAUGGCUUUGUCACGUCCUGUGACAGCCCUGGAUAAUGAGAGAUUCACUGUACAGUCAGUGAUGCUGAAAUACGCUGUCCCUAUUGUACUGGCUGGCUUCCUGAUCACCAAUGCAGUGCGCUUCAUUUUCAAAGCUCCUGGAAUUGCUUCUUGGCAGUACACUCUUCUUCAGCUACAGGUGAAUGGUGUCCUACCCAUCCUUCCAUUGCUCUUUCCUGUCCUGUGGAUUCUUGCUACAGCCUUUGGAGAAGCCAGAGUCUUGGCCCAGAUGAGCAAGGCCUCAUCCACCUCACUGCUUGCUAAGUUUUCAGAGGACACUCUCAGCAGCUACACAGAGAUGGUAUCUUCUCAGGAAAUGAUACGCUGUAUCUGGAGCCACUUCCUCUGUGUUUUAAAAGGCAAAUCCCCAACUCUGAGCUUCACUUCCAGUUUGCUCCAUAGUCUGGGAUCUGUCACUGUGCUCUGCUGUGUAGACAAGCAGGGGAUUCUUUCCUGGCCAAACCCCAGCCCAGAGACUGUUCUGUUCUUCAGUGGGAAGGUGGAACCACCUCAUGAUAGCCAUGAAGAUCUGACUGAUGAGCUCUCUACACGAUCCUUCUGCCAUCCUGAGAUGGAGGACGAGCCCCAUGAAAGAGAUGCUUUGCUCUCUGGCCCCCUGGCAGACACGGUCCACAUGACCAACGAGCAAGAGAGGAACAACUGGUCUAGUGACCCUCCAAAGGCUCCCGAUGCUCAUGCUCAUCGAAAGCCAAACAGCAGGAGCAAGCAUCCCUCUGGGUCCAAUGUGAGUUUUAGCAAGGACACGGAGGGUGGAGAGGAGGAACAUACUCAGGUUGUUGGUGACAGUGAGAUGUUGGCUUGUGAGGCUGAAGACUUUGUGUGUGACUACCACCUUGAGAUGCUUAGCCUGUCCCAAGACCAGCAGAACCCCUCCUGCAUCCAGUUUGAUGACUCCAACUGGCAUAUGCACUUGAAUUCCCUCAAGCCUCUAGGUCUGAAUGUGCUGCUCAAUCUCUGCAAUGCCAGUGUGACAGAGCGUCUGUGCCGCUUCUCUGACCACCUCUGCAACAUUGCCCUUCAGGAAACUCACAAUGCCGUGCUGCCUGUCCACGUGCCCUGGGGCCUCUGUGAGCUUGCCAGGCUAAUAGGUUUCACACCAGGUGCUAAAGAUCUUUUCAAGCAGGAGAACUAUUUGGCCUUGUACCGCUUGCCAAGUGAUGAGAUGGUUAAGGAAACAAUCCUGGGGAAGCUUUCAUCGAUCACCAAGAGGAGACCACCCCUGAGCCACAUGAUUAACCUUUUUGUGAAGGACACCACUACCAGCACUGAGCAGAUGUUUUCUCAUGGGACAGCUGACAUCAUCCUCGAGGCCUGCACAGAUUUUUGGGACGGUACCGAUAUCUACCCCCUCUCUGGUUCUGACAGGAAGAAGGUGUUAGAUUUCUACCAGCGAGCCUGCCUCUCAGGAUACUGUUCUGCCUUUGCAUACAAGCCAAUGCAUUGUGCCUUGUCCUCCCAGCUCAAUGGCAAGUGCAUAGAACUGCUCCAGAUCCCUGGGCAGAGUGCUAUCUUCACAUGCUGUGAUCUCCCUGGGACGACCCCCAUCAAACAGAGCAGUCAGAGGAAUAGCUGGAGCUCAGAUGAAGGGAUUGGGGAAGUGAUGGAGAAGGAAGACUGUAUCCAGGCUCUGAGCGGACAGAUCUUCAUGGGAAUGGUCUCAUCUCAGUAUCAGGCCCGUCUUGACAUUGUCCGCCUCAUUGAUGGAUUGGUCAAUGCCUGCAUUCGUUUUGUCUACUUCUCCCUGGAAGAUGAGCUCAAAAGCAAGGUGUUUGCUGAGAAGAUGGGUCUUGAGACCGGCUGGAAUUGCCACAUAUCUUUAACGCCUAAUGGUGAUGUGCCUGGCUCAGAGAUCCCUCCCUCUAGCCCCAGCCAUGCUGGCUCUCUGCACGAUGACCUACAUCAGGUUUCUCGAGAUGAUGUGGAGGGGCUUCUGCUGAUGGAAGAGGAAGGGCACUCGGAUCUCAUCAGCUUUCAGCCAACAGAUAGCGAUAUCCCCAGCUUCCUGGAGGACUGUAACAGGGCCAAACUCCCACGGGGGAUCCAUCAGGUGAGACCUCACCUGCAGAACAUAGACAAUGUGCCUUUGCUGGUGCCCCUCUUCACAGACUGCACCCCGGAGACCAUGUGUGAGAUGAUCAAGAUCAUGCAGGAGUACGGGGAGGUGACUUGCUGUCUGGGAAGCUCUGCCAACCUGCGGAACAGCUGCCUCUUCCUGCAGAGUGAUAUCAGUAUAGCACUGGACCCUCUCUACCCAUCUCGCUGCUCCUGGGAGACUUUUGGCUAUGCCACCAGCACCACCAUGACUCAUGUCUCUGACGAGCUCACCCCGCUGCAGCUCUCAGGGCAACUCAACAGCUUGCCUUGCUCCAUGUCCUUCCGCCAAGAAGAGAGUACCAGCAUCAUCAGGCUUAUAGAGCAGGCCAGGCAUGCAACGUAUGGGAUCCGCAAGUGUUUCCUCUUCCUGCUGCAGUGCCAGCUGACCUUGGUUGUCAUUCAGUUCCUCUCCUGCCUGGUGCAGCUGCCCCCCAUCCUCAGUACCACAGACAUCGUGUGGCUCUCCUGUUUCUGCUACCCACUGCUCAGCAUCUCGCUCCUGGGCAAGCCUCCCCACAGUUCCAUCAUGACCAUGGCAACAGGAAAAAACUUGACUUCCAUUCCUAAGAAGACUCAGCACUACUUCCUGUUCUGCUUCCUGCUGAAAUUCAGCCUGACCAUCUGCUCCUGCCUCAUCUGCUUCGGGUUCACGCUGCAUGAGUCCUGCAAAGAGGUGAACGCUACCAGCCUCAACCUCACAGCCUGCUCCUCCAUCAUGCUGCACAGCAAUGCUGAUGGUGCUCCUGAUUGGUUUGGGACAUUUUCCAAUGCUCUUCUUGUAGCCCAGAAGCUCACAGCUGGCCUGAUCGUUUUACACACAGUGUUUAUAUCCAUCACCCACGUCCAUCGCACUAAGCCGUUGUGGAAGAAAAGCCCCCUCUCCAACCGGUGGUGGACGCUCACUGUGGCUGUUGUAUUGCUGGGGCAAGUGGCACAGACUGUGCUGGACCUGAAACUCUGGGAAAACCUCAAUUCUUCAUUGACCUUUAACCACGUUUCCAUCUCCCCGGUCUCAUGGCUCCUGGGUUUUCUUUCCUUGGUCCUUGUGGUUAUCAUCAAUGAGAUUGUCAAGCUGCAUGAAAUCAGGGUCCGGGUCCGUUACCAAAAGAGGCAGAAGUUGCAGUUUGAAACAAAGCUGGGGAUGAAUUCGCCAUUUUAAACGCUCCCAGCCCAAGUUCCCUGGAGCCAGGGCUGCACAGCCGCAUCCUGCACUGGGGGAGUGGCUGCACCAAAGGCUCGGGGAGUUUUCCCUCACACAUGCAAACCAGACAGCCUCCUUGCAAAACUACAUCAGCACCUUCCAGGGGGCCCCAGGCAGGGCACUGCUAUCAGGAUCCCCCAGCAGGUAUGCAGCCCCUCCGGAGCUUGCUAGGGUACUGUCAAGGGAGCUGCAAGCUCUGGUGGCUGUUCAGGCUGCUCUUCCUUUAUUUAUUUAUUACUAGAGGUUUUUGUGAGCAGGUGGGUUUCCUGGACCUGGCAGGAGAAUCUGAGGCCAGCAGGGGAGACAUAGGGCUGCUGAAGCAAGAGAUCUCUAUUGAAACCCAUUUUCUUUUUCCAUCUCUGCGUGCUCUCCUGGAUGAUGUGUGUGUGCAUGCCUGUGCGUGCCCUCACCCACCUCCCUGUCCCUGUGUCCUGGGACAAAGGAGCCGUCUCUCUUGCAGCUCCAGGAGUGCUGGGUGCCAGGAGCUCACAUUCCCAAGGGAACAGUGGGAAGGGUCUCUGGCAGGGUGCUGGGAAAGCCCCUGCGAUGGCCAGGCCUGCCCUCUAGUGUUGUUGCUGUAGCCAUAUGCCAGCUGUUGAGUGCUUCAAGAGAAGAGGGAUGAAACAGGGCUUCAAGAAAAGCUGUCUGCAUUUGACCCUAGUGAUCUGGUGCAGAGGGAGUCAAGGAGGGCAGGUCUGCCUGCCUGCAGGGAGUCAGCAUGGCUCAGCUUCCUCCAGCCCUGUUGAACCAGCUCUUACCUGCUUUAACAGCCCCCAGAGAGGUUUAUAACUGUCCUCAUUUUUUGUGAUUCGAAUUGCCGUUCUGCUUCAGUAAAAUGCCUGCUUGAGAGAGACAUAGCUAGAGAUAAAACCUGAGACCUGCCUAUGCUGCCGUGGAGGGAGGGGGACAUCUUUCCGGGGAGGAUAUCUGCAUCUUGCAGUUGUGACUAAGACAGAGCUGGUGGACGGCUCCUUUCCCAGUCCUGGGGUCGUGCUGCAUCUGGUACUUGCUCUCCAAGGCACAGGGCAACCCCUCUCAUCAUGUCUUUCUGUGAUAGUGUUUGGAUGUCUCUCCCCUCCAUGCUGCUGCCCUCACAUCUGUUCCCUGUUUUUCUGGAGGUCUCCUCUUCAUUUGACUGGGGGAAACCUUCCCCUGAGGGCUGAUGCAAACCACGAUUUGCCCCAAUGCGGCGCACGCUCUCUUGAGCUCUGAACAGACCCCAGCUGUACUGGGAACACUGGUGCCGUUGUGGGCUGACAGUCGAGGGCCCCACAGGAGUACACAGGCUUGGCUACCGGAAUAUUUGCAGCUCAUGGAGAUGUUGACUCCCUUCCUAGUUCUAAAAACUGGCUAAAGCUGGUAAAUCCUGGCACUGUUUUUCCUCCCAAUAUUAACACUACAAUAUACGGCUGUUACUUCCCCUUUGGUCCCUGAGACUAACAAAUGGCUGCUGGUCCUUCCCUGGCAGGUGGGGAGCUGGCUGGGAACCCCCAAGCUCUGCCCUGCUGCUCCACCUUGUCUUCCUUACAUUUCAGCAUAUACCAGAGAGCAUGCACACUGCUGCGUGUCUCUAAGCAAUACCCUUCUCCCUGCUGGGGGUCUGGUAGGAGAGCAAAGCGGGGGUACAGCCAGCCUCUGAGCUCUGGGGACAGACGGAGGAUGCUGGAGGGGGGCAGCUGGGGCUGUGCAGAGGCCUGGACCCUGUUCCUACAGCUGGAGAGCAGAUGUUUAGAUUCCAUGCUGCUGGUAGGGUUUUGUAUGGGAUAGGGAACCGGCAGCUCACUGGGGAAACGCAGGCCUGCUCUCCUGCAAUGCAGCAGUACCAGGCCACUCCUGCUUGCAGUGGGUCUGCUCACCUUUGCCAGCUAGGCUGAACUCUGCCUUCACUCCUCUUGGGCCUGCAGAGCUGCCUGGCUCAGGGAGAACAAGUCACACGUUUCUCAGUCUCACUUAAUUCACUAAAUGCCAGCUCCAGAUCUGUUAGCCCUGCCAUCUGAGAAAUCAGCUUUUCUUUGAUGCCAGGGUCGGCUAGCAGGUGGGAUAUGGUCUCCUCUGUGACCGAGAUGAGCUGGAGUCAGAGGCAGCACCAAGCUGCUCACUCUAUUCCUGCAGAGCAACCUUCCCCCCCAGACCUUAGCUCUUGCCCUGUGCCACUAACUGUUGUAAGUGAUAAAGGCAGCAGAUACCAGGGCUUCCUGCUGGCCACACCUUCCUCUAGAGGAGGCACCUCCAAGGUUUCCUUUUCUGGGUGAUCACAAAUGUUUAUUUUCCUGCAACCUCCUUCCCGUGGUAGACUUGGAGGGAGCCGGGGCGUAUGAAUGGAGCCUUUUGGAUGGUCUCGCCAAUGCCACCCUUCCCUUGGCCACUGAGGUAUCUCCGAGGGUCAGGGUGCAUGGCUUCAGAAAGAAAUUUCCUACAUCCAGAUGUUUUUAAAUGGUGUAUAUUUUAUAUUAAAUUUUUUGGGAUGUAUGUAAAAAUAUUUGAUUUGUAUUAAAACUUGUAAAUUGUAUAAAAAAAAAAAAACAAACCCAGACCCACACGCAUCCAGUGUAUGAACGGCAAUAAAUGAUUG